UGUUAGAAUUCCUACUUUGAGACUUGAUUCUAUCGGUUUCGUCCCUAGAAUCUAUUUUCCCGUCUCAAUUGGUAUCUUGAGCCUUGGAUUCAGCGCAUCAUGGGUCCAAAAUACAAGAGUGUGAAAAUUUUGAGUGCUGUGGAAGUAGAAGAGAAGAUGGAAAUGGGUUUAUGUUUUGUAUGCAAUGAACCAUUUACUGUAGAUCAUGCAUUGAAGCAUAAAGGCAUACGAUACAAAGUUAUAGAGAUGGAUGAAGAAGUCGAAAGGGAUUUGUCUGAGAAAUUUCAACCUGAAGCUUCCUCAGAGGACAAUAAUCUUCAAAUCGAUUGUCACAAAGAAAGUGUUGCGCAUGAUGAUGACACGUCGAAAGUAGCGGUGAACGUUGUCGACGACGAGUUUGCACACUUCCAUCAAUCUCAAUCUGUAGAUGUCAUUUCUAUUGAGCCAGCCCCGAUAAUUGUCGAUGAACAAGAGGAAAUGGUUCUUCCGGCCAUUGACAUAUCAACUAGCUCUGCAAUUUCUUUUCCCUGCUACGACAUCCUUAGUAGUGCCAAAUUCUCACCUCGUCAGGUUAGUGUUGAUCCCGUAUCUGAUACCAUAGAGACUUCCCACUUCAUGUCAUUCAACCAACCACUGUCACACUCUGUUCUCCUUACGGGCAGAGAUUUCCAACCUCUGAGCCACAUUUGUGAGCUCCCACCGCCACCGAAACCACCCGACAGGGUUGUCACUCCAAUGUCGUCCCUCAAUUUGUCUUUGUUGGUCACCACCGGAAAGCACUUUUCAAUCUUACAAACUUCCCUCCAACUGUUUGAUGAAAUGCCAAAGUGCCACAUAACUUCUCUAACUUCUCUACCAACUGUUUGGAGUGCAAUCAUCAACAGGUGCAUGAAUAAUGAUCAGUUUGUUGCUUUUGAUUUGUUCAAAGACAUGCAUAGGAUGCCUACUACCCCUAGUGAUUUUCAAGAGUAUUUUGAUGACAAGCACAUGCUUUGUGCCGCUUGGUUGCUGGAAAUGCUUAAUCUAUAUGAAAGUAAUUAUGAAAACUGUGCUGAAAGUGAUCCUAUAAAGAAUUUUCUAAUUGAAGAAAUUAAGGUUUUGAAAGAGGUUAAGUGGAUUGGUCUUCCAAAUUUCAUGCUGCAAGCUGCAUUUAUUUCUUUACUCCAGAGAAAGCUUCAAGUGUCCACUCAAAGAGCAUGUGAGAAACUGAUUGCUAAACAGAAGAAUUCAAUCCAACAUGUGAUGGAGGCUGUUGAGUGUGGAAAAACAAAGGGGUCAGAAUAUUUGGUUUUGUUUCUAAAGCUGGUGUUUAUAGUUCUGAUUUGGAGGGUUUGGUUAGAGUUUCGAAUUAUCCACUCAUGAAGGUGAUAAGUAUUCCAAUACAUGAAAAUGUUCUCAAUUUGAGCUCUGAAAUUUCUCUUACAGUAGAUUCCAUGCAUGACAAUUUUUAUGAAAUACUUAAUCUAGCCUUUUUGCACAUUAUUGGGUGGCCAAACUUUGAAGCUCUAGUUAUGAGUGUUGCUACUAUUGUUCAUGAACACGAAGCCUAUCAUUACCAUCCUUGGUUUUUAUGGAAGAUGGAUAAAUUUAUUCACUUUGUCAAUUGGGAUGUAUGUGUAAAGGCAACUCUUACUAAUGAUGAACCACUUCUUGAUAUUGAAAAUGUCUAUUUUGCAUCUGCCACUACCCAAAGCUUUCUGCAAGCCCGUCAAAGAAGAAAAUAUGUGGCUGUUUUGCAUAGGAAAAUGAUUCACAAGGGAAAUGUUCGAAAUGCUAAAGUUUUAAUCAAAUGGAAAGCCUUGCCUCUUAAACACGGCACUUGUGAUUGUUCAUCCUUGAGGACAAGGAUGUUUGAAGGGGAGGGUAUUGUGACAGGAAUUAAGUAUAGUUUAAUAGUUUAUUUUAAAUAAAUAGUUUAUAUUAUGUCAUUUUACUUUAUUGCCCUUGUGGUUGUAUUUAAAGGCAUUGUGCCUCAUUUGAAACUUAAUCAAUCAAUCAAUGAACAAUUAUCUUAUUCUCUCAAAACUCUCUCAUUUAUGUUUGCAUAAUCUCAUUUGUACCGAAUUCUAUUCAAUUUGUUAGAAUUCCUACUUUGAG